CGCAGGCGCAGUGGCAUAGCAGCGAGCCGGCGCAGACUGACGGCGUUGGUGGAGCAGAGUGCCGCGCAAUGGCAGGCACGGGUUUGGUAGCCGGGGAGGUGGUGGUGGAUGCGUUGCCGUACUUUGACCAAGGCUACGAGGCUCCCGGCGUGCGGGAAGCGGCUGCGGCCCUGGUGGAGGAGGAAACUCGCAGAUACCGACCUACCAAGAACUACCUGAGCUACCUGACAGCCCCGGAUUAUUCUGCCUUUGAAACUGACAUAAUGAGAAACGAAUUUGAGAGGCUAGCUGCUCGACAACCAAUUGAAUUACUCAGCAUGAAGCGAUAUGAACUUCCAGCCCCUUCCUCGGGUCAGAAAAAUGACAUUACUGCAUGGCAAGAGUGUGUAAACAAUUCCAUGGCCCAGUUAGAGCAUCAAGCAGUGCGAAUUGAGAAUCUGGAACUGAUGUCACAGCAUGGGUGUAAUGCCUGGAAAGUAUAUAAUGAAAACCUCGUUCAUAUGAUUGAACAUGCACAGAAGGAGCUUCAGAAGUUAAGGAAACAUAUUCAAGAUUUAAACUGGCAGCGAAAAAACAUGCAACUCUCAGCUGGAUCUAAAUUGAGAGAAAUGGAAUCCAAUUGGGUAUCCCUGGUAAGCAAGAACUAUGAGAUUGAAAGGACUAUUGUGCAGCUGGAGAAUGAGAUCUGUCAAAUCAAGCAGCAGCAUGGGGAGGCAAACAAGGAAAACAUCCGCCAAGACUUCUGACCUUGGGCAGAAGGGAAGAGAAACCUCAGGCCCCUGGACUUUCUCAGAGCAACUGGUUAGUUGUUUAGAGACUGUGGACUGUGUAUACUGUUGUGUUGCUUUAUAUGUGUGUGUGUUAGCAAAAUAAGGAUUUUCAACAUGUUGCUAUUUUUGUAGCUAUAAAAAUCCGAGUUUUCAAAAUGAGUAUGACUUUAGAAUAAUGUCAUAGUUUGUAGCAGAAGUUCUUGAUUGAAGGCUUCAAAUUUUGUAACUAAGCUGCUUUAUUUAAGACUUCUAACAUGUUUGGGAACUUUGAGUUUAUUUUUUUUUUGAAUAAAAUACAGUUCUAAGCAUUU